AUGGGCUCCAAUGCGGACCUGGCAGCGAAAUUUGAGAGUGUCUCUAACGAGGCUGUCAAAGCCUUGAAGGGAAGUAAUAGUGCUGAGAGGGAAGAGGUGCUGCGAGAAGGGAGACGGCUGGUUCAGCAGCUGCAAACACCAGCUGAUUAUGCCUUGCGGAUGGUCUGGGCGCCAGUCGAACUCUCGGCAGCGGCGGCAGCAUGCGAAAUGGGCAUCUUCGCAUCGUUAGCUCAAGGCGACAAACCCAUGACAACUGCAGAGAUCGCUCGCUCAUCCGAAGGAGGCGACGUCUUACUCGUCCAACGCAUCGUCCAAGCCCUCGCAGCACACGGCCUCAUCGACCAGACCGACGAGCAACACUACCUCGCCAACGACAUCACGCGAGACUUCACCACCCCCGGCCGACACGGCAGCGCCAUGACGCAGAUGUUCUCCAUGCGAGCGUACUCCGCCCUGCCAUGGUUUCUUCGCAAGAAUGGUUAUAAAAGCCCAGCGAGCGUGAAGGAAUGCUGCUGGCAGGAGGUGUACGAAGGCGAUGGGACGAUCUGGGAGUGGAUGAAGGAGAACCCGGAGAUGGGGAAGUAUUUCAAUGAUUAUAUGGCUGCUGCGAGGCCGUAUACGAGUAGUGCGCUUGUGGAGGAGUUUCCUUUUGAGAAGUUGUUUGAGGGGUCGACGGGGGAGGAGAUUGUUUUUGUUGAUGUAGGUGGUGGUCAUGGACAUCAGGCUUUGAGUCUGAGAAAAUCCUUUCCGCCGGAACGUGGACGGAUGAUAUUGCAGGAUUUGCCGCAGGUGGCCGAGGGCAAGAGCCUAGAGGGUGUGGAGGUCAUGGUGCAUGACAUGUUCAAGGAGCAGCCUAUCAAAGGCGCAAGAGCGUACUACUUCCGCGGCGUCCUCCACGACCACGACGACCCGGUCUGCCAAGACUUCCUCAAACAAAUCGUCAAAGUGAUGGGCCCAGAUUCUCGCCUUCUCGUCCACGACGCUAUCAUUGAGGACUUCAUGCCGUCUAUACAAUCCGUCAGGCAGGAUCUCGGUUUGAUGUGCCUGUUUGCGGGGAGAGAGAGGACGAAAGCUCAGAUGAAGGCUUUGUUGGAGAGUGUGGGUUUGACGGUUGUGGCGACGUAUAAGGCUGGGCCUGAGAAGUGGUCGGUUACGGAGGCGAGGCUGUCUUGA